AUGGAGACACACUUUUCAAACCAUCUCUCUGAAAGCGUGCGCUCCGUAGUGUAUUCCUCCUUAAUUCCGACCUGCCCCCUAAUCCCGUCUCCGCGGACUCACCAUUCUGCCGAGGACUUUGGAGAUAUGGGCGACCUACUGAAAGGCGUGGCCUUGGUCACUGGUGCUGGCUCAGAAGGAAUCGGACAGGCCACAUGCAUCGCUCUUGUACAACAUGGCAUCAAGCAGCUAGCGGUGCUAGACAUCAACGCGGAUGGUCUCGCCGAGACAAAGCGUCUUGUCAACGAAGUCCGGGAGGUCAAUGUCCUGGAGCUUCAAGUAGAUUUGGCCGAAGAACAUUCUAUCAUUUCAGGUGUUCAGCAGGCAAAUGAUCAUUUCGGGAGAAUUGACAUCCUGAUCAACAACGCCGCUAUUGCUGGUGCAAUCUCGCCCUCGACCAAUGUCGCCACCUCGGACUUUCACAAGAUCAUAGACGUUAACCUGGUUGGACUCUGGAUUUGCCAGAGAGAAGUUAUUAAGCGCAUGCUGCAGCAGGAACCCAUCAAGCAACGAACAGGACCAGCCUCGAGGGGGGUGAUUGUCAAUCUAUCAUCAACAUACGGCCUUGUGUCGCCCCCCGCACUACUCUCGGUGCCCGCUUACGUUGCAAGCAAGCAUGGGAUCUUGGGCAUCACGAAAACUGAUGCAAAUACAUACGCGAAAGAUGGAAUACGUAUUAAUGCAAUCUGCCCGGGCUAUGUGAAUACGCCGGCGAUGAGAGCGGCUGCUCGUUCCAGUGAACUCGUUCAGGAGGAAGAGAAGAAGGUCCCAAUGGGCCGCUUUGGCGAACCAAGUGAGCUAGCAGAAGUGAUAUGCUUCUUGGCCUCGCCGAUGAGUAGCUAUAUGACUGGCAGCGCCGUUGUGGUGGAUGGUGGUUUCACAAGCAUCUAG